UGAACUUUCUAAAACAUGAGUUUAGAAUACAAAGGAUUGCCUGGGAUCCGGGUUCCGUUGAAGAGCAGUUAUGCGUCGGCAUUGCCCCAACAGACGGCGGUGUUCAUGUACAGCACCGCUGGCCCGGACGGACAGACAGUCACGCUGCAGCUGCGCGAGACGGACGAGACCAUCGAGCUGCCCGCGUCCAUGCUGUCAAAGAUGUCCCGGCAAACGGACACGGCCACGUUGUCCAUCAGCUACCAGGACUCGGCGGAGGUGCUCACCGACGGCACCAUCGACCUGCUUCUGGCCACCACGCCACUUCACUCUUCCGAUAGCGAUUACAAAGCGAACCAAAGAGGCCCGAGAGGCAAGAGAUGUUUGAGAUCAGUUGCUAUAUUGUAA